AUGACAGAAACGGAAUUACGACAAGUACUUGAAAAUGUUAUUUAUUCGAAUGUAUUACUGAGGUUAGAAAAUGACAUUUUUGAACGGUACCUUAUGCGUCGAAAUCCUGAAAGUGUUCAAAAAAUAACGCAAAUCUUAGAAACCGCUAAACGCGUACAAAAAAUCGCACCUCAACACAGUCGUAUAUCACCCGUUACGAGCGCAAGCGGAAGUCUUGCGAAUGUUCGCGACAAAGAUUCAGCUAGCCUUCUGCUACAGUUUCAUCAGUUACAAUUACAAUUACAUUUCUUGCUGAAUCGUAGACUUACAUAUAUGCAUCGUAUCGAAAUGGUAAACACCGAAAUCCGGGAAUUACAGAAAAAACUAAAAAAAAUCGAACAAACGUCUACAAAGAAAAAGAUAUAUUUGCGAGCACGAAUAGAAGAAAAUCAGAUCAGCAUUCAUGAAAUUUUAAAGAAUAGGGAAGAAUUUGAAGAAAAUGUUGUACAGAAAGGCGUAGAUAUCAUUACCGGGAAAAUACCGGCUGAAAAGUUUAUCAGAUUUAUAGAAGAAUCCUUGAAAGUAGUCGACUUAAUAAUAGAAAAAAACAGAUUGAAGAUGGCUACCAUAAAGUGUCAGAUAAGAAAAGUCAAGUUGCAGCUGAAGCAUAGAAAAGAGGGCGAGACUUUACGCGUCAUAGACUUCGAACAAUUGAAAAUAGAAAAUAAAAUUUGCGUACAAAAAAUCGACGAGAAAAAUCAGUAUUUGCUCGAAAUGAAGAGAAACGCGGGCCGUUAUACUAUUACAUUAAGCAAACAUAAGAAAAAAGUGGACGGUCUGAUGUUAAUUAUGAAUCAAGUAAGAAACAAAAUUGUUUCUAAGAAACAGGAGAUUGUAAAAUUGCAAUCAAAACAAAUUGCUACAAAAAUUGAAAUAGAUAAAGAGAAAGAACAACUUAAAUCGAUAAUGGAAUUAAUAAAUAAUUUUGAGAUUCCGAGUGUUGUAGAUUCUAUUAAAUUGCGUAUGAAGCUACAGGAAUCACAAAAAAUCCAUAAGCAACUAAGCAGACAACGAGAAAUUCACCGAAUAACAUUCAAGUCUCGGAAACAAAAUGCAUUUUAA